AUGGCUCUCGUUAUAUUAAAUCAUAACUUCGGCGAUUUUGGAGCCAUCACGGAAAUUCGACGAGUUCGAUGGCAUCCGGGGUCUACAAACGACUCCCAUUUACUCGUUUUGACAUCAGAGAAUUCUUUUCGUUUAUACGAGUGCGAACUGGGCAGCACACCAAGACUCAUAAAAUCCUGGAAGGUAGGCCGCGCGCCAUCGGGCUCGCCGAGCUCGAAAAUUCCGGACUUCGUAUCUCUCGGCGAGAUCGCGGUGGAUUUCGAUUUCGUCACUCCCACUCUGAAGAAGCCGGAGAUGUUCGCUAACAAAAGCCGUAACGAGAUAAAAGAGACGAUCGGUUGGAGUCAGAUCGAGUGGCCGAUUUUGGUUCUUCGUGGUAACGGCGAAGUACUUAUCGUUCGCGGGAACGUUUUGUUGGAAAACUACGAAAAUCCAGCGGUACUGGGCUCGCUAUCUAUGUAUCCGCCGACUGACGAUAAUUACGGAAUAGAUUCAUGCUCCAUCAUGUGCCUGCAAACUAUCCCGCCGAUAGUGGUCAUCGCCAUGUGCACCGGAAAGAUUUAUCACGCGAUACUGCUGCGCGAAAUAUUGGACGACGACAAUACCGAUGACAGAAAGACUUGGUCGCAGUACGGCUCCACUUACAGUCUACACACGCCAGACGACGCGCUUUACGUCUUCGAAUGCAUCGAAUUGGAAUUAGGUCUUCUAUUCACGGACGAAGAUAAGAAAUAUAAUUGUCCUAUUCACCUUCAUUCGGAUAAAAGCAAUAAAUCGAGAUAUUUUUGUUCUCACAAUGCUGGAAUUCACAUGGUGAGUUUACCAAUGGUUUCUCAACUGGAAGAAUUUAUAAAUUUACCUGGUGAUAAUCAUUUGCCGUCCUUGUCGAAUCAAUCUAUUUUGCAAUAUCUAUUUUCUACGAGAACAAAGCACACGAGCGUGGAUGAGGCUACGCCGAUACUUGGUUUUGGUCUUCUUCAAGAGCCUUGUGUUUUUGUUGCUUUGUUGCACACGGGUGACGUCGUUGAUCUCUCCGUUAUAGAUCUAUAUUAUCUGCCAAAAGCCGAGCAAUUAGAACCUGCUAAUAACAUUUUGAACAAGGUGAACAAAGAGUCAUUUGACAUGUAUAUAAAAAAAUUAUUGAGACGAGAAGUAUCGCAACCUUUUACCAAGAUAGGAAGUCGUACUUCCUUGAGUGAAUCCUUAGAAUUGUUGUAUCAUGCCACAAACAUUUUUCGCACCCAACAUUUCGUUCAGCAUGACAAAGUCCGGGAAGAAAUCGGCAAAAAGGUUCGUUCUUUGAAAGUUUCGAAGAUACAUUUGCUGAAGGAACUUGAUACUUUAAUGGAGACGAAAAAAGAAUUGCGACAGACUGCUGAACUUUUGGCGGAGAAAUAUGAAGAUAUCAACGAUAAACAGAAAGAAUUUGCACGUAGAGCAGAGAAAGUUCUGAGAUUGGUAAAUUACAAAGAACCUUUAAUGACCGCGGUUGAACGAGCAGAAGCAGAAGAAUUGAGAAAAAUGAGCAUGAACAUACGCGACAUGCAGAUUCGACUUGAACAACUGAAGAAAAAAUCUGCUCAACAAAUCGUACAAACAGACAUCAUUGAAUCUAAUGGUACCAAGAAAGAAGUAGUUUUUACACAUAAUCAAGAAGAAGCGAUAAGACUGAAUCUUAGUCAAAUGUCAAGAAACAUAAAAAACUUAAUAGACCAGGUGGAACAAAUUAAAGCAGAGAUUAGUCUUACAUAUAUCAGCAAAUAAUAUGAAAUUUUUCUUUUACUUAGUAUUUGUAAUUAGUAUUUUUCUUUAAUGUAUUUACUGAC